AUGACUGAUGCCAAAAGCAUAUCAUCCAUGCCAGAGGGGAUGAUAAGAAAGAAGGGUUCCAUCAAGAAGAAGAUCGAGUCAUUCAGACGAUGGAGUUCAGCUAGCAUAAAGAAGCCUCCAAAGCCAAAGGCCAAGACCUUGAGUCUGUCCUCCCCUGUGGGAGAUGCUGAUGAUCUCUGGCUGCAAGAAGGAGACAGGAGGAAGCUGCGACCCAUUGUCGACUCAGUCUUCGGACAGACCAUCAUCUUGGAUAAGGACCCCCCCUCACUUCACCUGCACUACACAACCUCCUCUCCAGACAAAGGCCUGGGGGUGUCACCUGUAGAUCAAAGCAGUGUGCCACUGGGUGCUGCCAACCGGGGGGGCCUAGGAGGCGCUGAUGUGGACAUAGAGGAUGAGGAUGAAGGAGGAAUUGAGCGGGAGUUUGAAGAGCCCCUGUGCACUCUGGUUAAGAACUGCAACAUGCUGCACAACAUAGUGGGGCCUGCUUGUAUCUUCCUCAGACAGGGCUUUGCUCAGAGUCAGCUUGACAGAGAUCUACGACCAGAGGAAAUGGAAGAGCUGCGUGAGGCCUUCAGGGAGUUUGACAAAGACAGGGAUGGCUUCAUCAGCUGUAAGGAUCUAGGCGAGUGCAUGAGGACCAUGGGAUACAUGCCGACAGAGAUGGAGCUGAUAGAACUCAGCCAGCAGAUCUGUGGUGGCAGAGUGGACUUUGAGGACUUUGUGGACCUGAUGGGUCCCAAGAUGCUUGCUGAGACUGCAGACAUGAUUGGAGUCAAGGAGCUGAGAGAUGCCUUCAAAGAGUUUGAUUCCGAUGGCGAUGGCCAGAUCAGCCUUGAGGAACUAAGAGAAGCCAUGAAGAAACUAAUGGGAGAGCAGCUCCACCAGCGAGAGAUCGACGAGAUCCUGCGAGAUGUAGAUCUCAAUGGGGACGGACAGCUGGACUUUGAAGAGUUUGUGCGAAUGAUGUCUCGCUGACUCUUCACCAAAUGGGAUUUUAAUCUGGAGUUCAGGAGCAGGACCACUCCCGAACACACACUGCUUCUUUUCCUCAUUAGGUUUAAAUUAAUUGUUCAAACUAGUCUUCCGCUUCCGAUUUUUCAUACCUGCCCUGCCCGGCCCCCUUGUCCUCAUAUGUCCCUUCUAUGCUGAGGGUCCGCUGGUCUCCAGCAGCAGUGCGGACCCCUGGAGCCUUUUUGUCC